GCUCCAGUAACCACCAGUACAGCUCCAGUGACCACCAGUACAGCUCCGGUUACCACCAGUACAGAACCAGUCACCACCAGUACAGCUCCAGUAACCACCAGUACAGCUCCAGUGACCACCAGUACGGAACCAGUAACCACCAGUACAGCUCCAGUGACCACCAGUACAGCUCCGGUCACCACCAGUACAGUUCCAGUGACCACCAGUACAACUCCAGUUACCACCAGUACAUCUCCGGUUACCACCAGUAUGGAACCAGUCACCACCAGUACAGCUCCAGUGACCACCAGUACAGCUCCAGUCACAACCAGUACAACUCCAGUGACCACCAGUACGGGACCAGUAACCACCAGUACAGCUUUGGUCACCACCAGUACAGCUCCAGUCACCACCAGUACGGAACCAGUAACCACCAGUACAGCUCCAGUCACUACCAGUACGGAACCAGUGACCACCAGUACGGCUCCAGUGACCACCAGUACAGCUCCGGUCACCACCAGUACAGCUCCAGUAACCACCAGUACAGCUCCCGUCACCACCAGUACGGAACCAGUAACCACCAGUACAGCUCCAGUCACUACCAGUACGGAACCAGUGACCACCAGUACGGCUCCAGUGACCACCAGUACAGCUCCGGUCACCACCAGUACAGCUCCAGUAACCACCAGUACAGCUCCCGUCACCACCAGUACGGAACCAAUAACGACCAGUACAGCUCCAGUGACCACCAGUACAGCUCCGGUCACCACCACCACCAGUACAGCUCCAGUCACUACCAGUACGGAACCAGUGACCACCAGUACAGCUCCAGUCACUACCAGUACAGCUCCGGUCACCACCAGUACAGCUCGAGUGACCACCAGUACAGCUCUGGUCACCACCAGUACUGCUCCAGUCUUCACCAGUACAGCUCCGGUCACCACCAGUACAGCUCCAGUGACCACCAGUACAGCUCCAGUUACCACCAGUACAUCUCCGGUUACCACCAGUACGGAACCAGUCACCACCAGUACAGCUCCAGUGACCACCAGUACAGCUCCAGUUACCACCAGUACUUCUCUGGUUACCACCAGUACCGAACCAGUCACCACCAGUACAGCUCCGGUCACCACCAGUACAGCUCCAGUUACCACCAGUACAGCUCCGGUCACCACCAGUACGGAACCAGUCACCACCACUACAGCUCCAGUGACCACCAGUACAGCUCCGGUCACCACCAGUACGGAACCAGUAACCACCAGUACAGCUCCAGUCACCACCAGUACAGCUUUGGUCACCACCAGUACAGGACCAGUAACUAUAAGUACAACUCCAGUCACAACCAGUACAACUCCAGUGAGCACCAGUACGGGACCAGUAACCACCAGUACAGCUCCAAUCACUACCAUUACGGAAACAGUGACCACCAGUACAGCUCCAGUGACCACCAGUACAGCUCCCGUCACCACCAGUACGGAACCAGUAACGACCAGUACAGCUCCCGUCACCACCAGUACAGCUCCAGUAACCACCAGUACAGCUCCCGUCACCCCCAGUACGGAACCAGUAACGACCAGUACAGCUCCCGUCACCACCAGUACAGCUCCGGUCACCACCAGUACAACUCCAGUGACCACCAGUACAGCUCCGGUCACCACCAGUACAGCUCCAGUCUUCACCAGUACAGCUCCAGUGACCACCAGUACAGCUCCGGUUACCACCAGUACAGCUCCAGUAACCACCAGUACAGCUCCGGUCACCACCAGUACAGCUCCAGUCUUCACCAGUACAGCUCCGGUCACCACCAGUACAGCUCCAGUCACCACCAGUACAGCUCCAGUCACCACCAGUACGGAACCAGUAACCACCAGUACAGCUCCGGUGACGACCAGUACGGAACCAGUAACCACCAGUACAGCUCAAGUGACCACCAGUACAGCUCCGGUCACCACCAGUACGGAGCCAGUAACCACCAGUACAGCUCAAGUGACCACCAGUACAGCUCCGGUCACCACCAGUACGGAACCAGUAACCACCACCACCAGUACAGCUCCAGUGACCACCACCAUCACCACCACCACUCCUGCAGUGUUGUGCCAGAACGGAGGCACCUACGAUGAUAACAAGUGCAUCUGCCUCUUGGACUUCUACGGCCCAUUGUGCGAGUACUCCACCGCCUCCAUCCCCACCGACAUCCCCGUCGAGGAGGGGACGAUCGUGGCCAACGUGGAGCUGGUGGUGACCGUCACCAACUUCAACUACACGGAGGAGCUGCAGGACCCCCGCUCGGAGGCCUACGAGAAAUUCGCCAAGCAUUUUCGGCAGGAGAUGGCCAAGAUCUACGGCUCCGUGCCCGGCUACCAGGGCGUGAAGAUCCUCAGCAUCAGGCCCGCGGCUUCCAGGAAGGGGGGAGUCCGGGUGCGCAGAGCCUCCGUGAUCCUCCCCGAGGGCACCGGCCUCGAGGUGGACCACGAGGUCAUCUUCAGCACCGUUGCCAGCCCCGACCUGAGCGAGGAGUUCCAGAACAAGACGGAGGAGCUGGUGCAGAAGCUUAAGGAGACUGCUCAAAGCCAGGGCAACUGCACGCACGACACCUCCGUCGUCUGCCUUGUGGUGUCGGAAAGCCCCGUCGUCAAGAACAUGACGGAGUCCCCUACGCUUGACGCACUGUGCCAGCAGCUGGCCCCCAUCGCCUACCAGGACUACUACUACGCGAUGAACGUGAGCAACAUCCUCCGCUGCGUCACCAACUGCACGGCCAACACGCCCGGCACCAUCAACUGCAACCACGGCCUGUGCCACGUCACCCGUGCCGGGCCACAGUGCUUCUGCUGGGAUGAGUCGCUCUACUGGUACACGGACAGCCGGUGCUCCGGGCGCAUCAGCAAGGUGGCCACCGGGCUGGGGGUGGUGAUCGCGGUGCUGCUCAUUGCCUGCAUCGUCUUUAUCGUGCUGCUGGCGAAGAGGAGGAAAAGGAACGCUGCGUCCACCGCUGGGGACAGCUGGUACGAGGAAGACGGCUGCACCUGGACGUCACCCGACGGCUUCCUCUUCAUCAACAACGGCGCCAACACAGGCGGCAGCGUACGGAGCUUCACGCCCUCGCUGGACGUUGUGAACACCGACAUCCCGAUGCACAUCGCCAGACCCUCGCUGAGACCCCCGCCGUGAGGACCCCUCCACAGCGCGGAGACCCCCCCACGGCUCUGCCCCCCCCCCCCCCGCCACGGGCUGGGCCCCUGGCACGCGGGCCGUGCCCAGGGCCCCCCCCCGCUCCCCUCCCUCUAUUUAUUAUUUAUUUGCCCCCCCCCAGCCUGUAAUAAAUUAAUUG